AGGGAUGCUGAGGGAGGAUGUCGUUGCCGCCGGCGGAGCUCGGAUAAAGGACAACAAAUAGCAGCUAGUGUGUCUGCAAACAACCCUUUGGCAGUCUCGUCCAGAAACACACCUCCACGGGGAACACAACACUCAGGAUGUGAGCGAAGAAGCUGCCACUUGUGCGCCCUCAAGAAGAGAAGAUGGCACUGCUUGUGGUUUGUUCACUCCUGUGCCUGUCCUGUUGGGCCUCUUUCUACUUUAUCUUGUGUAAUGUCAACGGGUCCAGGAGCUACGAGUGGAACUGCCGCCUUGUCACCCUGGUACACGGCAUCCUGGCAGUCUGCAUCACAGCAUAUAUAGGCUAUGUGGAUGGACCCUGGCCUUUCACCCAUCCAGGUACUAAGAACACCCCUCUGCAGAUAAGUGCCAUGGUGGUGAGCCUGGGCUACUUUAUUUUUGAUAUGGCCUGGUGUGUGUACUUCCGCACAGAGGGACCCGUUAUGCUGGCCCACCACACCAUGAGCAUCCUGGGAAUCCUGUUGACCCUGUGGCUGGGGGAGUCUGGCAUUGAGUCCUGCGCGGUACUCUUUGGCAGUGAAAUCACCAACCCACUCCUGCAGGCACGCUGGUUCCUCAAACAGACAGGACAUUACAGGUCGCUGCUGGGGGAUGUUGUGGACGUCCUGUUUGUGCUUCUGUUUGUGGCGAUGCGAAUCUUCGUGGGAGGCACAAUGCUGUACUGUGAGCUGAUCUCCCCAAGACCCAGAUUCUUUAUCAAGUGUGGGGGAGUGGCUAUGUAUGCUCUAUCCUGGGUGUUCAUGGUGGACAUUGUUCGAUUUGCCAUACGAAAAAGCAAGAAAUGGCACAAACAGCAGAGAGACCAACUAGAGACAGUAGCAGCUAAUGGUCAUGAAGGGAAGAAGGACUGACUUGCUUCAGUUUCUUUAAAGGAAAUCAAUUUACAUUAUGUUUUUGGACGGGGAAAGACAAAAAGAAAAUCAACCUUUUGUAUGUUAAACUGAGAUUAAAAAAUGGAUAUUUCAAAGUCAUAAUUUUUCUAUGUCAAGAAAUAUCCUGUAACAUCAUGUGCAUUUAAAAAAAGUCCUGUUUAAUGCAGUCAUUGCUGCUGAACACAUGUUAGAUUAUUGUGUAAAAGGUGCAGGUGUGAAAGGAACACAGAUGUAGUUUAUGUUACUGAAAACCAAAGCACUUUCUAUAAACACAUGAACAGAUGCUACUUUCAGUUGGAGUGAACUGUUCCCUAGUCAUAUUUGGUAGUGGGAAGUUCACUAUUAGGAAAGAAACAGUUUACAUGUAACACCCACGAUCCUUGUGAAACAUUUAUUGUCAUAUCAAAACAUAAGGAUUGGUUUCCUUGGAACCCUGGGUUGUUUUUUUUUUGGUGUUGUUGUUGUUUUGCCAUUUGUAAAAUUUUGAGCAGAUGUGAAAGGUAUACUCAGGGAGAUGAAGUCAUACUGGAAAGUUGGGUUGAAUUCCAGAGAAAUGUGUGUGAUGUGUUUGAUUACUUUGUUUAAUAUACUUUAGAGUAAUUCCUCUAAGCAUUUGCCUGCUGUGAGCCUGCCCAAAAAAUUUCAUUUAUUUUACUUCCCUCAUGUGCAGGGAUACAUGGGGAGGCACCUCAGUUACAUAGUUCUUCACUUAUUUUGUAGUCUUAU